GUGAAAUUUGACGCGUUUCAGAGUUAAACAGGAAGUGAAGAGAGACGACGGAGCAAAGAGGAGCCAUGGAGGAACCUGGAUGGAUUCAGAUGUUUCUGCUCGUCACGAUGCUGCUGCAGCUUCCAGGAGUCGUUAGUGGAGAUCUUUUCUACACCAUCAGAGCUGGAGAUGACAUCGCUUUGUCUUGUGAAAAUGUGAUUAAAGAUCACAGAAACUGUGACACCACCACCUGGGGCUACGGUAAACGAGGAAGAACAACACAAGAGCUGGUUACUCUCGGCCAGGUUAAAUACAGCAGAUCAGACCCACUGAGUCUAGCAGGAAACUGUUCUCUGGUUCUGAGGAACAUCUCAGCUGAGGAUGCUGGUUCAUACUUCUGCAGUCAGUAUGAAAGAGAAGGAGGACAUCAAUUACAUCGUGAUGCUCCUGUUUACCUCUCCGUUGUUACCCUGAGAGAACAAACAGAGCAGAACAAGGUGACGUUCACCUGCUCUGUGUCGCCGUACGAUGAAUGCAGACAUGAAGUGAAGUGGUUGUUUAAGGGUAACGAUGUGGAGAAAGAUCAUCCUGGUAUAAAGACAUCAUCUCCAUCUUCCUGCUCUGCUGCUGUGACCUUUCACACCUCCACCUACGUUUACUCAUCAAGGUUUAAGUUAUUCAAAUGUGAAGUAGAGACAGAAAACAAACAGCAGCUUUUUACCUUCAGCUCUGGUCCAACAGGACGGAAAACCAACACGACGGACUCUGCAGGUGGAAGCGGAGCUGCAGACCGAGAUUUAUUGUGGUUGUACAUCUUUGUGGCUCUGGUCCUGCUGGCGCUGAUAAUUACUGCUGUAGCGUUGUUCGUCAAGAGAAGAAAAGGUGAGGGACUAAACUUGUUCAUCCUCCACGUCUCCCAGAGAGGAAGUGAAGUCUGGGACUUUGGAGCUCAAGUCACUGAGAUGGUCAGGAAACUUCUGGGCUGCUCUGCAAUAUUGCGUGGACAUCAGGGGCAGUCCCACUGGAUUGGCAGACCGGGUUGGUGGUCCCCCUGUAUAAAAAGAGGGACCCCCAGGGUGUUUUCUAACUGGAGGGGGAUCACACUCCUGCACCUGCCUGGUAAGGUCUAUUCAGGGGUUCUGGAGAGGAGGGUCUGUCGGAUUGUCAACCGUGGAUUCAGUAGAAGCAAUGUGGUUCCCGUCAGCAGCUGGAAUGAGAAUCAACUCCUCUAAAUCUGAGACCAUGGUCUUGAGUCGGAAAAGGGUACAAUGCCUUCCCCGGGUCAGGGAUGAGGCUCUGCCUCAAGUGGAGGAGUUAAAGUAUCUCUGGGUCUUGUUCACGAGUGAGGGAAAAAUGGAUUGGUGCUGUGCAGAGGUGGAAAGAGUACUAAAAAUUCCUACUUAAGUACGAGUACCAAUAUUUUGAUAAUUCUUUACUCAAGUACAAGUAAAAGUACUUGCCUAAAUUUUUACUCAAGUAAAAGUAAAAAGUAUCGUAAACAAAAUGUACUCAAAGUAAAAGUUACUUUGUUACAUUUUUGUCAGCGUAAGGAUGGCUACAUCUAACUAGUGCUAAAUCACAAUGCCAGUUCACAAUUCGCUCGUGUGUGCGUGCACACACACACACACGCACGCAUGCACACACACACUGCAGCAUGUUAGAGUCAUUUGAAUGACUAAUUUAACUACACUGAACUGCUUUUGUAAUAAUUUAAUCUCUUAUUCUGGAGUAAAAUAAAGAAACAAGCUAAAUCAUCACAUAUCUGUGGCAUCAAGGAGCAUCUUCUGAGUCCAAACACAGGGAUGGAGCACAACGUUUACACCUGAACAGUAUCAGGAUGUUUUAUCUCACAGAGGCCUGCAGGUCUUCUGUUUUAUGAGCAAAGUGCUGAGAAUCCACUUGUGAUGAGCGCUAAACGUUAUUUAGUCGCUGCCGUGUGGAGCGGUAGGGAAACACAUUUCAAACACGGAACCGAGUCCGGCUACCGAACCGAGCAGAAUUCUGAUGAUGUCACACCGGUGCGUGAAGGUGCUGGUUCCAACCCACAGGAGAGGAGGUAAACAGCGAGUUGAGGGACUGAACUGAUGUCUUUGAGCAAAAGUGUACACCCACACCCCCACGGUUUAGACGCGGAGCUCAUGCAGGUGUCCCUUUCCGUUCCAACGCUGCUACACGUAAUAUUUGUAAUUUAUUAAGCCUACAAUUUAUUUUUACUCCGUAACGGAUAUGAUUUAAAAUGUAGUGAAUUACAAUUCUUUUUUAAAAACUUACUCAAGUAAAAGUAUAAGUACAGCUUUUAAAAACGACUUAAAAGUAUAAAUAUACAAAAAAGCUACUCAAUUACAGUAACGUGAGUAAAUGUAAUUCGUUACUUUCCACCUCUGGUGCUGCAUCUGCAGUGAUGCGGGCGUUGUACCGGUCUGCCGUGGUGGAGAGAGAGCUGAGUCAGAAGGCGAAGCUCUCGAUUUACCGGUCGAUCUACGUUCCUACCCUCACCUAUGGUCAUGAGCUUUGGGUAGUGACCGAAAGAACGAGAUCACGGAUACAAGCUUAGAGAUAGGGUGAGAAGCUCGGUCAUCCGGGAGGGGCUCGGAGUAGAUCUGCUGCUCCUCCACAUCAAGAGAAGCCAGUGGAGGUGGCUCGGCCAUCUGGUCAGGAAGCCUCCUGGACGCCUCCCUGGUGAGGUUUUCUGGGCACGUCCAACCAGGAGGAGACCUAAAGGAAGACCCAGGACACUCUGGAGGGACUAUGUGUCUCACCUGGCCAGGGAACGCCUUGGGAUUCCCCCGUAGGAGCUGGUCCAAGUGGCUGGGGAGAGGGAAGUCUGGACCUCUCUGCUUAGGCUGCUUCCCCUGCGACUCAACCCCGGAUAAGUGGAGGAAAAUGGAUGAUAGAUGGAUUAAACUUUAAUUAUAAUUCACAAUAUAAUAAAUCUGUGUUUUCCUUCUGCAGAAGCUUCUGUCACCAACGUGUAUUUUUGUGUUCAUUUUCUCA